UCGUUGUGCCCUGCGUUAUACAGACUAGCGAACAAUACAGUUACACACUAGAGAUGGCUAAAGGUGACCCAAAGAAACCAAAAGGCAAAAUGUCUGCUUAUGCCUUCUUUGUACAAACAUGCCGUGAGGAACAUAAGAAAAAAAAUCCUGAAGUUCCUGUCAAUUUUGCAGAAUUUUCAAAGAAGUGUUCAGAAAGAUGGAAGAAUAUGUCUGGAAAGGAAAAAUCCAAGUUUGAUGAAAUGGCAAAAGCUGAUAAGUUGCGGUAUGACAGGGAGAUGAAGGAUUAUGGACCAGCCAAAGGAGGGAAAAAAAAAAAGGAUCCUAAUGCUCCCAAAAGGCCCCCGUCUGGGUUCUUCCUAUUCUGUUCAGAAUUUCGCCCCAAGAUAAAAUCUACAAACCCUGGGAUAUCCAUUGGGGAUGUAGCAAAAAAACUUGGUGAGAUGUGGAAUAAUCUGAGUGAUAGUGAAAAGCAGCCAUACAACAAUAAGGCAGCAAAACUGAAGGAAAAAUAUGAAAAGGAUGUUGCUGAUUACAAAUCCAAAGGAAACUUUGAUAGUGCAAAGGGAAUACCUAAAGUUUCCCGGAAAAAGGUAGAGGAGGAAGAAGAGGAGGAAGAGGAGGAAGAUGAGGAAGAUGAAGAAGAUGAUGAAUAAAACUACGUUAUUUGUCUUAAAUACCAUAGAGUUGGGGAAACACUAAAGCACCUUUAUUGAUACAGUGUCUACUGCAUUUGUAGCAUUUAAUUUUUAAAAUUGGUAUCAGGUGCUCUAGACAUUUUACCUGGUUUAUGUGUCAUAGAUAUAGGUGUUAUGAAACUGUAUCAAAGUUGUACAUAUUUCCAAACAUUUUUAAAAUGAAAAGGAAAUUUAGUGUUUUCCUGUCUCUGUGCACUUUGCUGUUGCUAUAACAAAACAUUUUUUAAAAAUUACAGGCUUUUGUGUGUGAUAAAUAUGGUUGUUGAUUAGAAAUCCCAGGAUGUAAACUUAAACUCUCUCUGUAUAUCUGGAGGGGAGGGGGUAUGUAAAUAUCUACACGCACUCAUAUAAACAUAUACCCACAUGUAAGUGUGUGUGUGUGUAUAUGUACUAGACAAAUUCUUCUCAUAAAUGUUUGGCAAUAUGACACCUUAGAAAGGGAAAAUUAAUUUGGAUCUUUCAUUAGGUGCCAUGGCCCAAAGCAUGCACUGUUAGAGUAGCUUUAUACGAUGAUUGUCCAUCUAGCUUAAAGUUGUCAUUUUGUAUAUAGUGAAAUAGCAGUCUGCUGCCAUUCUUAGAUGUGGCAAGGGGGUAGGGUUUCAGCUGGCAUGAAAAAUGGUUUUUUGGUUGUGGUUGUUAAAUGCUGUCAUUUUUAAAUGGAAACAUUUUUUUAAAAACUAAGGGACAAUGCAGCAAUGGAAGUUGACAUUCUAUAACUAAUAUUUGGUACAUUUUGUUAUUUUUUUUUGUAUGUUUAGAAUGCUAAAAUGUUUUCCAAAUUAAAUAAACAGUAUUAACAUUUUUAAAUUUUUUUUACAAGAUUGACAAUUGAUGGUAAUUUUUUAAGGAAACAUCAAAACCAUUUACUAGAUUACUGUAGGAUUUUUAGUAGACUAGGAACACAUCUGGGAAAUCAGCUGAUGUAAAACCAAACUUACAAUAAAAUAUACAACAAACGUUGCUAAGGUGAUGAGGUUUCCCUAGCUCCAAAUGAUAAACGUAAGCGGUAAUUAACAGUGGUAUCUAAUGUAGCUUAAUAGGUGAUUUUGCUACUUUAUUUAUAGACUAGUUGAAUGGCUGAAGUACAAAAUUUAAAUUUAUUAUUUUCAAGGAAAAAAAGAUUAUACAUGAGAAAGUAUUAGAAAAUGGAUGAGUUAAUAUUUUUAAUCUUACACUAUUCAGCUUCUUAUCAAAGAGAACCUUUAUAAAAUUGCUUAAUUGUGCUGAGUCAGUAGUUUCUCUGAUGAGACCUGUACUUGGAUAGGAACCUAGUAGUAUUAAACCUGGUAAAAUUUUAAAAUCUGAACUACAAUUGUAAAUGUUUGAUCAAUCUACUUCAAAUACUUUAGAACAGCUUAUUCUACAUGUGAAUAUAAAGGUGAGAUUUAAAAUAACAUAAUUAUCAAUAUUAUGGGUUAAUUCAACCUAGGAAUUAAAAAUUUGAUGUGUUCACUUUAGUUGGAAGUAUUUGCAGAGCGUUAGAGCUAAUAAAACCAGAGAUGGUGGUUAUAAAUAACCUCAGAAUAAAUAAAACUUUAACUCAGUAUUUUAUUAUUCAUUAUUCAUUCAUUAAAAAAGUUCUCAAAUCAAGAUACUACUUGAACUGUCAGAUUUCAACAUCAAAAUUAAUGUUAGCUUCAAUGCAUAGCCUUAUCACGCUAAAUGAAUUUUGUAUCAGAACAUAAACUAGGUAACUAACAUUGCACCUAUUACUGUUUCAGUGCCUACUGUGUAUAGAUACAACAAAAUCAAACUCGGCCUCCUCCCAAUGGCUACUUGGGGACUGAGCUGUUAUUAAUUUGUUACCUAAUGACAGCCCUAUGGCUUAUCUACCAAAAAUCUAAUUAAAUUUAAGUCAUCUUAAAUCUUAAAAAUCUAAAUCAUGACUAAAAUAUGUAAACUGUUUUCAAUUAGUCAUAAAUGUUUUAUAUUUUAAAAGUUGGUCCAGCUUUCUCGUUUCCAAACUGCAAAAUGUAACCAGUUUUUUUUCUUUCUGUUUUUGGAUUAGAUCUAUGAUUUCCUCAGAACUGGACAACUUGAACCUAGGUGUGCCUGAUUCAUGGGCUACCUUUUAAUCCAUGAAGCUAUUAAAUUUUAACUGUAAUGGAAAAGAGUAGAAAUUGACAUCAGUUUCAUUGUAGCAGUUCCAUAGCAUUCAAAUUGAGGAACAAGAAUUUCUCAGUGCACAUUUUUUUCAUAUUAACAUUGUCAAAAUCAUGAACUACGUUAAUAUUAGAUAAGGAUUGGGUAAUUAAAUCCAUAUACAUAAACUUCCUGAGAUAGAAUAGUCAAGUUUUUCAUGAAUGAUGAUAAUCCAUAAAUAUAACGGUGAUAUGUUCAAAAGUAAAGUUAUAACGCACAGCGAGGGGAAAAUUCUUUCAUCUUUUUAAGUAUACUAAUGACUCAGUUAUCUUGAAAAACAUGGACAUUUCUUCAAAUUCUACAUGUAAAUUACUUUUUGAAGUUCUGAACUUGUUAAACUGAAAAAAAAUUACAUAUUUCUACAAAUUUUCUUCAAAUAUUAAAACUAGCUUAUUUUUUUACGACUUCAUAGGAGAAAAGAAUGUUUCAUUUUUCAGUUUGUUACAUUUUAUGUUUUAUAUAUUAAAGGCAGCUAAGUGGUAGAGUGUAAUUAACACUAAACCUGGAAUGACCUGAUAUUUACUAGCUGCAUUACCUAUGUCAAAUCACUUAACCGCUAUUUGCCUUAGUUUUCUCAUCCUUAUGAUGUGGAUAGGAUAACUCCAGGAUUGUGAGGUUAGACCCUAAGGGAUGAUACUUCUAAAGCUAGUAAGUAAUAUAAUUACGUAAGUAUCAAUGAACAACAUAAAUUUCUUUUGAAACCUCUGCCUCAGGUUUUCCAUAUAAAUUGAAAGUCUGUAAUUUGAUCUCUUAAAUUUUAUUUUAAAACUAAAUCAUAUACUUCCUAAAUAAAGACGAUUCCACUUUCUCCAGUUCAAAGAAUAGAUAUGCCUAAUGAAGUUUCCGUCUAUGUAUCAACAUGAUGUACGAUUCCAACAUUAUUUAAUAUUAUGUCACUUCCUCGAUGUUAUAUGCGUAUCUAUUUUGUAGAGAUUUACAAAGAUGUAACUGAUAAAGGUUGGGGUUUCCAGAAGGCUCUUGACUA